UUAAUAAAUUUUUAUCGCAAGCAAAUCAACAUAGUUAAUUUUUUUAUCGUGCUAAACAUAACAGCUUAAGAAUAAAAUUACUGAUAAACUUGAUAAAAUCACAUAAAAAUCGAAUGCAAACUACAUUACUCUUUUGGCGCCGAAUUUUGUAUAUUGCAAUUUUUUAUUUGAAGAAAAUUUAAAAACAGUACAAUUAAUAGUUGUUUGUUGUUUUUUUUUGGCUUUUCUUUUUUCUUUAAAGAACAGGAAGCUAAACACAGAUGGAACACGGUAAAAGGCGUCGAAAUGCAAUUCGCGUUUCUACACAGAAGGAUGUAAUUCUUUUAAUGUUAUUAGGAAAAUCAAAAGUAGGAAAAACAUCUCUUGUAAACCGUUGGUUGAAAGACACUUUUACUGAUACCUACACUCCAACUGUUGAAAAUUUUCAUCUUAAAUCUUAUAACCAUCAAAAUCAGUUCAUUAACCUAGGUAUAAUAGAUUUAACUGGCUCCUGGGAUUUUCCAGCCAUGCAAAACUUAUAUUUAUCUAAAGCUGAUAGCGUUAUGUUUGUUUAUGAAAUUGGUAAUGAAAGUUCAAUUAAAGAAAUGAAACUUUUGUACGAACGAUUCUUAAAAGUAAAAACAAGCGACCGUGAGGUUACUGUUUCUGUUGUCGGUACAAAAUACGACACCACUAUAGAAGGAGAUUCUAACUUUGACGAUAAAAGUAACAAAUGCGCUUACCUUUGCCACCAAUCAUUAGUAUGUGAAAUUGGUAAUAGCCAUCAAAACGUUGCAUACUCUCCUUCAAUUGAUACAGACGCUGAAACUAUAGUUUUAGAAAACCAAAAUCUCACCUGUGACUCAUUCAAAGUUAGCUUGACAGGGUUCCUUUCAGAUAUCAAAGAAAAAUGCACACACAUAGUUACAUCAUCUAAGCUAAACAUUAACGUACAUCUUGCUUUUGAAAACGCUUUAAAUGGGUUAGUUGAAAGCUUACCCCCCAGUUCUCAAGAUAUGCAAAUUUUAGUUCAAAAACUCUCUAAAUCCAAAUAUAAAAAUUUAGUUUCAUGGUGCUGUUGCUUGCGGUUUUCAAAGUUUUAAGUUAUUAUUAUUCUUUUAAAUUUUGUUUUUGAUUAGUUAAAGUAUUUUUUAUCACAGACGUAUAAACUCACUCACGCACAAGAACCCACACACAUGCAAACACACACUUACGGACAU